GUGUGUGUGUGUCUGUGUGUGUGUGUUUGACGGUGUUGAGUAGCUGGUUCAUGGCGGAGCUCGAACUUGUGUCCGGAGGUUUCGUGGUGUCGGAGCAGACAUGUUGUUCAGUCCCGAGGGAGUCAGCGAGUGUCUGCGGGAAUGGGAGGACUUAGAGAAGGACUACCAGCAGCUCCAGGACACCCAUCGUCUUUACAAACAGAAGCUGGAGGAGGUGACCAAGCUGCAGGUCAGCUGUCACGGGGCCAUCUCGCGUCAGAAGAAGAAGCUGAAAGAGCUCACGGCGUCGCUAGAGGAAUGCAAAAAGGAAAGUCCGACUCCUGAGUUGAGUUCUGACGAUGUCAAUCCCAUCACUGAAAUCGAAGAAUCCAUCAAAGACAGAACAAAUGCUUUCUGUGAGAUGGAAGCUUUCCUGCCGAGGAAGAACGGGCUCUACCUCUCUCUAGUUUUAGGAAACGUCAAUGUGACGCUCCUCAACAAACAGACAAAAUUCGCCUACAAAGACGAAUAUGAGAAGUUUAAGCUGGUCCUGGCCGUCAUCCUCUUCCUGUUCUCCUUCACCUGUCGCUUUCUGUUCAGCUACAGGGCCCUCGAUGCCAUGUUCAACUUCCUGCUGGUGUGGUACUACUGCACGCUCACCAUCCGGGAGAGCAUCCUCAUCAACAACGGCUCCAGGAUUAAAGGUUGGUGGGUUUCCCAUCACUAUGUGUCGGCCUUCCUGUCUGGAGUCAUGCUGACGUGGCCUAAAGGUGCCCUCUACCAGAUGUUUAGAAACCAGUUCCUAGGAUACUCUCUGUACCAAAGUUUUGUCCAGUUUCUCCAGUGCUAUUACCAGAGCGGCUCCUUGUACCGACUCCGAGCUCUGGGGGAGAGACACAACAUGGACCUCACAGUCGAGGGCUUCCAGUCGUGGAUGUGGAGAGGUCUGACCUUCCUCCUCCCCUUCCUGUUCUUUGGACACUUCUGGCAGCUUUACAACAGUAUAACACUGUUCAAGAUGUUCCAGCUCCCAGAGUGCAAAGAGUGGCAGGUGGUGAUGUGCGGCUGCGCUUACAUGGUCCUCUUCAUGGGAAACUUCUUCACCACGCUGGGAGUGGUUUACCAGAAAUACAUGAACAACCAGGACAAGUCUAAGACCUUAUAGAACUGGAAUGAUCCAACACUGAGGCUCUGAUAUUCUCUUUAGAGCUUUCUACCAAUGCACUGUACAUGGUCCGUGUGGAUCAUUUACAGCAUCAGCUUCUUAUAUCCAUGUUUCGUUUUCUAGUUCUUCUGAUUAUAUAUUUGAAUCUUGAAUCUAGAUAUUGUUAUUGGCAUAAUACCAAAGAAAAGAAAGCAAUUGUCAGGUGUUACCCGGAUAAAGUGUGAGCUUGUUUUUGUAGGUGUUUUGGUCAGAGUGGUACAACUCGGACAAAGAAGUGUUACUGAUAAAAUAUAAGAUCCCUGAUAAUACUGAGUUUUGGGGACGGAUGUCAAUAUCAAACAACAAAUGAAAUUGAAGCUUGAUAUUUUCAAGUUCAAUCCCAAACUUUAUCUUAAUAACUGUAAAUUUAAAAAACACACAUUUAAUCAAAUAUAUAGGACAUUUUUUUUUUUUACAUGAUUUGUAAAAACACAGAAUCACAUAUUUUCUUACACUGUUGACUCAAAGUUUACAUAUCGGCAACAAACUGAUAUGGGAAAAACUCAUAUCAGCUCUUUUAUUUUUAUUUUUUAUUGCUCAACCAAUAAAUCAGUUGUGCUCUAAAGCAAAUAACCGUUAUUUGCAUCAUAUUUAUUUUUGGGAAAUCUCCAGUUUGUGUUUCAGCAGCUGCUUUAGGAAAACACUCCUUCGAAUCUGCUCAUGUUCUUGUCGUCUCUAUUACAGCAGGAAAUUUCAUGUUGCAUCACAGUUCAUCCUCUUCUUCUCUGUUACUGUAACGUUCAUGUGUUGUUGGGCUUGUUUACAGCAUAAACACUAGUUUGUACAAUCAAAGAACAAACCUUGAUCGAAACAAACAGCAAAUCUAUAGUUUCUAUUCUUUACAGUUCUAAAAGUAUCUGGAGCGUUGAGGUUUUUGUUGCACUACAUCCAAAUGACCACUAGGUGAAAGCAUUGCAUUUCAUCAGCUAUCACGUGCUCUCGAUGUGUAAUUUACACUCGAGGAGAUUUCAUCCAUGAAAAAACCCCAAAUCCUUUCUUUAUUUUUGGAUAAAAACCCACCAGACUUUU